ACUGUGACCGUGAAACACACGCACAUACACACACCCACGCGUGACGUGAAGACACCCUGAUCUUCUGGAGAAGUUCUACACACAGGCAGACUUUCCAAAUCUGAUGUGAACUGCUUUGGUAGUUUCUUCACAGUUCACAACUGUCUUUUAGUGUUUCAGGGAUUGAGCACCAUCAAAUUUUAAUCCCACCAACAUCCCUUCUAAAAAAACAUUGAAAAACAGGAUUGUCGAGAUAAACACUUCAUCUGAGGAGAUACUUGUGGGGGACCAGUUGGACAAAGAACAACAUUUCAACACUAAAAACUCACACAAAAUACACACGCAAGGAGCUAAGGACACACAAUUCCAGGGGACUUUUCAGGGUUGUCCAAUCUUGUGCUUACCUUGUCCACUACUGGAAGCCGUUUCAGUUAAAGGACUCAUAAAUGGACAUCAUAAAUGUAAAAUUAAGCAGUAAAUAAGAGUACAUCAUUGUACAGAAGAGACCCACAGUGAAAUUAAACACCAUAUUUCAGAGGCUAUUACUGUUGGAUCUGAGAGUUUAGAGUCAUGUCUCCGUUCCUGAGGAUUGGCUUUUCCAGCUUUGAGAUGGAUCCUGGACUUGCCUACCAUGAGGAAGUACUGAGUCCAUACUGCGCUGUUUACAUGAAAGAGGCAGUGGAGACGGAAAAGGGUCAGGUGUACAAGCAGAAGCGGCCCACCAUGUAUCCCCCCUGGAGCAGCACAUUUGAUGCUCACGUCCACAGGGGAAGAGUGAUGCAUGUGGUGGUCAAGGACAAGACGGCAGAACUGAAGACGGAGGCCACAGUCCAGCUCGACACCCUAGCCUCACGCUGCAAGAAAGAGAACGGCAAACUGGAGAUCUGGGUGGAGCUGAAGCCACAGGGUCGGUUACUGAUGGAAGCACGCUACUUUCUAGAAAGAAGUGACGCUGCGGGUCAUGGUGAAGGUGAUGGAGAGAGUGAACGGGAAAAAGAAGGGGUUUUUGCACUACAUCACAGACGAGGAGCCAUCAAACAGGCCAAAGUUCACGUGGUCAAAUGUCAUGAGUUCACUGCCACCUUUUUCCCUCAGCCUACAUUCUGUUCAGUCUGCAAGGAGUUUGUCUGGGGCCUGAAUAAACAGGGAUAUCAGUGUCGACAAUGCAAUGCUGCCAUUCAUAAAAAGUGUAUCGACAAAGUCAUUGCCAAAUGCACAGGCUCAGCAAUAAACAGUAAAGAAACCAUGAUCCACAAAGAGCGCUUUAAGAUUGACAUGCCUCACAGAUUUAAGGUGUAUAACUACAAGAGCCCGACGUUCUGUGAGCACUGUGGGACUUUGUUGUGGGGUAUCGCUCGCCAGGGCCUUAAAUGUGAAGAGUGUGGCAUGAAUGUUCACCAUAAAUGUCAGAAGAAAGUAGCUAACCUUUGUGGCAUCAACCAGAAGCUAAUGGCAGAGGCUCUGGCUAUAAUUGAGAGCACUCAACAGGCUCGGAGCUCCAGGGAUACUGAGAUCAUUGGUCGUGAGGGGCCGGUGGGCGUAGAUCAGGCAGGGGUCACCCGAGAGCCCUCAGGCCACUUACCAAUUUCUCCCCUCACGCCCGCGCCAGCAAUACCACGCAAAGAGCAGCAGGGUAUAGCAUGGGACGCCCCGACUGAGGGUGGCAAGCCAAGCCUAACUGAAGAACCUGAGCCAUUGUACAGCACCCCACGCAAAGAGCACCACAAAUUUGUCCUAGACAACUUCACUCUGCACAAGAUGCUGGGCAAGGGAAGUUUUGGAAAGGUGUUCCUGGCUGAGUUGAAGGGCACAGGGCAAUUCUUUGCGGUGAAGGCACUGAAGAAAGAUGUAGUUCUGAUGGAUGAUGAUGUUGAAUGCACUAUGGUGGAGAAGAGAGUGCUGUCUUUGGCCUGGGAACACCCCUUCCUCACACACCUCUACUGCACCUUCCAGACCAAGGAAAAUCUAUUCUUCGUGAUGGAGUACUUAAACGGAGGCGACCUAAUGUUUCACAUCCAGACCUGCCACCGAUUUGACCUCCCACGAUCCACGUUCUACGCUGCCGAGAUCAUCUGUGGGCUGCAGUUUCUACAUUCUAAAGGCAUUGUUUACAGAGAUCUUAAGCUGGAUAAUAUUUUGCUGGACAUAGAUGGCCACAUCAAGAUCGCAGAUUUUGGCAUGUGUAAAGAGAACAUGGUUGGAGAAGCUAGAACAUGCACCUUCUGUGGAACUCCAGACUACAUUGCCCCUGAGAUUUUGCUUGGGCAGAAAUAUGGGACCUCUGUAGAUUGGUGGUCAUUUGGUGUCCUUCUUUAUGAGAUGUUGAUUGGCCAGUCACCAUUCCAUGGACAUGAUGAGGAAGAGCUGUUUCAGUCGAUUCGUACAGAUGACCCAUGCUACCCGCGCUGGCUAACUAGAGAUGCACGGGACAUUCUUGUUAAGUUAUUUGUGAGGGAACCAGAGCAGAGGCUGGGUGUGAAAGGAAAUAUACGGCAGCAUGCAUUCUUCAAAGAUAUAGACUGGAACGCACUGGAGAAACGGCAGGUGGAGCCGCCCUUCAAACCAACAGUGAAAUCAGACAGUGACUGUAGUAACUUCGACAAAGAGUUCAUAAAUGAGAAACCUCGACUUUCCAUCGCAGAUCGCACCCUUAUUAACAGCAUGGACCAGAGCAUGUUCAACAACUUCUCCUUCUUCAACCCUGUUAUGGCCCGCCUCAAGAACCCCUGACCCAGAAACCUGCAUUUAUCAAAGACAUUCAUACAAACAUACUGUGAACAGGUCAUAACCAAAAGGCAAACACUUACCUUUAUAUUAUAACUCCCUCAAGUCAAGCUCAUUUCAUGCCAUGGUCAGUGAAUAACUUGCAGAAGAGUCCAAGGAGAGGAAAAGCACAGUAGAGCACACCAGCUAGCUGUAGAAAGUCAUCUACAGAGUGUAAAACAUUUCCAUACUCUCAGCAUCAGUCUACACAAGACUUUUUACCAUUGAAUUUAAUCAGUUGAGAGUUUGAGCUAAGAUUACAAAAUGUAGAUGUACGCAAGCAUUCAGCUUUGUUACCAGAGUUGUAAGAUGAUCAAGCAAAUAGUUUUCUUUGAUUUGUGGGAAAAAUAAGGCCACGUCCACACUAAUAUAUUUUCGCUUGGAAACGCAUAUUUUGACACUGUUUUUGACAGCGAAAACUGAGAUUUUUGAAAACGCUUUCCCAAGAGGACACAUUUGAAAACAUCGUCUUCGCAUUGUAGUAUGGACAGGGGAAAUGGAGAUAUCUGAAAAUGUUGUAUUUGUUGUCAUGUGACGCAGUCGUGUGAUCCAUUCAACCCAAAACAAUUAAGAUGGCGGUCCAUGUUGUAGCGGCAUUGUUGUGCCUGCUUUUCACUUUAAAAGCGUUGUUAAAGAUAAAUGUUACUUUGUGCAACCUUCACAUUGCAUUCCUCCAAAGGUGACAGGAAGUUUACUUGGAAUUGCUGUCUGGUGACAGAACACGAGUACAAUUGCGUUUCAGACUGUACAUGGAACGGCGAUUUUUUUGCAUGCGCAGUGAGGGGAUUUAAUGGGAUAUAGUUCACAGAAAAAUUUAAAUUCUCUCAUCACUUACUUACUUUCAUGACAUCCCAGAUGUGUAUGACUUACUUUCUUCUGCUGAAUACAAACAAAGAUUUUUAGAAGAAUAUUUCAGCUCUGUAGGUCCUUUCAAUGCAAGUGAAUGGUGGCCAAAACUUUCAAGCUUGUUUUGAAAACGAAAACACCAUUUUCAAAUGUAUUCGGAUUAAUGUGGCCUUAGUAAAUUUAAGCCUUAAGGCCAAAGUAUACUUCUGGUGUCCGCGCUGCGGAUCCCUCCACGCACAGUAUGUGUGACGCAAAUCAUCAGCAUAACCAUCAUCAGCAUCACCAUUGACCGCGCACCGCCUAGAUUUUCUUGACUCACACACGCAGUCCUCAUCUGUGUGUGUCGUCUGCACAUGCACUGGUCAUUGACUGUACUAAAAGAGUGUCACAAAGCAGUCGUAGUGCGCAUGUGUCGCACGCUUUCCUAUUCGUUCGCGUUCAGAAAAGUAUACUCAGAAAAGCAACAUGGUCGGUCAGGCUUGAUCCGAUCCGGAACAUGCAUAAACAAAUUAUACUCGGGGCGUUAGUUUAUCAAUAACUACAAACCAACAUUCGGUGCUAAACUAACUAGCGCCUACUGAGUGACUGAGUUUCAUUUGGGCUAAUUCUGCAACCCUGUUAUCCAUUCUGGCAUAUUAUAACCGUUACAUUUUAUUUUUGUUGCUAGAAAAUUACAAAAUCAAAAUUUUGAGUUUUAAACUGUAUUUUCUGUCCACCAGAUGUGAAAAAGAACAAUAAAUUGACUUUAUUGUCAAUCCCUAUUUCACACUCUAUUAAGUGUCAGUGGAAAGUGGGGCCUGAGUAGCUCAGCAAGUAAAGACGCUGACUACCACACCUGGAGUCGCAAGCUCGAAUCCAGGGUGUACUGAGUGACUCCAGUCAGGCUUCCUAAGCAACCAGUUGGCCCGGUUGCUAGGGUGGGUAGAGUCACAUUGGGUUAACCUCCUCAUGGUCGUCAUAAUGUGGUUCUCUGAGUUGUGCAUGGAUGCCGCAGAGAAUAGCGUGGGCCUCCACAUGCGCUACGUCUCUGUGGUAACGUGCUCAACAAGCUACAUGAUAAGAUGCGCGGAUUGACAGUCUAAGAUGUGGAGGCAACUGAGAUUCGUCCUCCACCACCCGGAUUGAGGUGAGUCACUACCCCACCACAAAGACUUAGUGCACAUUGGGAAUUGGGCAUUCCAAAUUGGGGAGAAAAGGGGAGGAAAAAAAAAGUGACAGUGGAAAGUGGCAGAACUUAAGAAAUGUAAGAACAGAAACAUAAUUAACACUGCAUUUGUUUAAAUCAUCGUUUGUACAUGUGUGAAAAGUAUUUAACUUUAGAUCAAAAUACUUGUGCCCAGUUGUACAUCCAUUUAUAAUCAAUCAUUGUAUUGUAUCAGAAUGAAUGUGGUAGUGUCUGUGUGUGUUUGCUUUAGGAUUAUUUGGAAUAACAGAAAGUUUGUGUCAGCCAGCCAAAGAGCUUCUUUGUGACUGAACAUGGAACUCGAUGAUGGAAAUACCUUUAAUAAUAACCAGUUUUGUUAUGUGUUCAAUUAUACUGUAUUGUAAAGGCUUUUAAUAGAAACAUGUAUAGUGCAGUGUGUCAAAUGUAUAAUAUCCAACUGUGUUACAAUAUGUUUAAAAUAAAUCUGUAGGUUACUGUGAAUUGAA